AAUAAUUUAUAAAGCACGGUAACGAUAAAAUAUUCGCAAUUAUUAUACACUUAUAUACAAGAGAAAUGUGAUUAUUGUCAAUUGGAAACCCUAGGGGAGCUCAAUUUGGGGGAAAAUGGUGUUCUACUUCAAAGCCCGACCCGAAGUAGGCGAUUACACCAUUUUCAUGGGUCUUGAUAAGCACGAAAACGAAGAGCUCAUCAAAUAUGGCUUCCCUGAAGACAUCUGGUUCCACGUGGAUAAAAUGUCUUCAGCACAUGUUUAUGUAAGAUUGCGCAAGGGUCAGGGAAUUGAUGAUAUGUCUGAAGGUCUGCUGGAAGAUUGUGCACAGCUAGUCAAAGCAAAUUCUAUCCAAGGAAACAAGGUGAACAAUGUUGAUGUUGUUUACACUCCAUGGCAGAACUUGAAGAAAACCGCGUCCAUGGAUGUUGGACAAGUUGGUUUUUACAAUUCGAAAAUGGUACGCACUGUGAGAGUGGAGAAGCGACUCAAUGAGGUUGUGAAUAGAUUGAACAAGACAAAAGUGGAGAGGACCCCUGAUUUGAAAGCUGAACGUGAGGCAGUCAAUGCUGCAGAACGAGCAGAAAGGAAACUGCAGCUGAGAGAUAAGAAACGAAGGGAGGAGAUUGAGAGGCUGGAGAAGGAGAAACAGGCAGAGGUUAGGAGCUACAAGAAUCUGAUGGUAGCCGAAAAGAUGACAUCUAACAAAGAGAUUGCUGCGACCCAGAAGUCCUUGCAAGAACUCGAAGAUGAUUUCAUGUAAACACAAUGAAAUUUCGGUAUUUUCGUAUUUAUUGCCUUCUUGCGGUGUCUGGGAAAUUCCCAAAGGGAAAAAGAAAUGAGAAGAGAAGUGGAAAUGAGAUAUCCAUGCGGACAGAACAGAGAAGGAAGGGGGUGUUUGUGACCAGUAUUAAUUUAUGUUGUGUGAUAUGUAAUAGUUAGCCCUGAACCUCUUAAUAAGUUGUGACCAUAAUGUACAAUGUGAGAGGUAGGCGGAAGCUCGUUUCUGUGCUCAAUAUGCAUUCUUAACUGGUGGUGAUAAAUCAACUCCAGAAGUUUAUUGCAUUCUUAAUUGGUGAUGGCAAGUCACCUUCAUAA